CCCUCAUAGGUCCACUGUGGUGCACGUGGCCCACCUCCCAGCCAUGCGCUUCCUCCUGGUCCUCAGCGCCUUUUGCCUCCUGGCCGUGGCCCUGGCAGCCGAGGUGAAGAAACCUGCAGCCACAGCAGCUGCUGGCACAGCAGAGAAGUUGAGCCCCAAAGCGGCCACGUUGGCUGAGCGCAGCUCGGGCCUGGCUUUUAGCCUGUACCAUGCCAUGGCUAAGGACCAGGCAGUGGAGAACAUCCUGCUGUCGCCCGUGGUAGUGGCCUCAUCUCUGGGUCUUGUGUCACUGGGUGGCAAGGCGGUCACGGCGUCACAGGCCAAGGCAGUGCUGAGCGCUGAGCAGCUGCGGGAUGAGGAGGUGCACGCCGGCCUGGGCGAGCUGCUGCGCUCGCUCAGCAACUCCACUGCACGCAAUGUGACCUGGAAGCUGGGCAGCCGCCUCCGCCUGUAUGGGCCCAGCUCAGUGAGCUUUGCCGACGACUUCGUGCGCAGCAGCAAGCAGCACUACAACUGUGAACACUCCAAGAUCAACUUCCGUGACAAACGCAGUGCCCUGCAGUCCAUCAACGAGUGGGCCGCGCAGACCACCGACGGCAAGCUGCCUGAGAUCACCAAGGACGUGGAGCGCACUGACGGCGCCCUGCUGGUCAAUGCCAUGUUCUUCAAGCCACACUGGGAUGAGAAAUUCCACCACAAGAUGGUGGACAACCGUGGCUUCAUGGUGACUCGUUCCUAUACCGUGGGUGUCACGAUGAUGCACCGGACAGGCCUCUACAACUACUAUGACGACGAGAAGGAGAAGCUGCAGAUGGUGGAGAUGCCCCUGGCCCAUAAGCUCUCCAGCCUCAUCAUCCUCAUGCCCCACCACGUGGAGCCCCUUGAGCGCCUUGAAAAGCUACUGACCAAAGAGCAGCUGAAGAUCUGGAUGGGGAAGAUGCAGAAGAAGGCUGUCGCCAUCUCCCUGCCCAAGGGUGUGGUGGAGGUGACCCACGACCUACAGAAACACCUUGCUGGGCUGGGCCUGACCGAGGCCAUUGACAAGAACAAGGCGGAUUUGUCGCGCAUGUCGGGCAAGAAGGACCUGUACUUGGCCAGCGUGUUCCACGCCACCGCCUUCGAGUGGGACACAGAGGGCAACCCCUUUGACCAGGACAUCUAUGGGCGUGAGGAGCUGCGCAGCCCCAAGCUGUUCUACGCCGACCACCCCUUCAUCUUCCUGGUGCGAGACACCCAGAGCGGCUCCCUGCUGUUCAUUGGGCGCCUGGUCCGGCCCAAGGGUGACAAGAUGCGAGAUGAGUUAUAGGGCCCCAGUGUGGGCACAGGAUGGCAGGAGGCGGCCAAAGGCUCCUGAGACACAUGGGUGCUAUUGGGGGUUUGACAGCUGAGGAUAUUCCACCGGGUGGGGGUGGAAAACAGACCAGGGUUCCUGUGUGCCUGAGCGGAUCUUCCCCACUAGAUUCACUCCGCUUGAACAUGGGCCCCUACAUAUCAUGAUGCUGAGCCCAAAGAUGCCACAUCUGUGGGACCUGGGUGACAGUCAUCCUGCCCCUCCCCAAGGUCCUACAUCCAGCCUGCCUCAAUCAGUGUUCAUAUUUAUAGCCAAGUACUUUCCCAUCUGUGUGACGAAGUCAAGCUGGAGGGCUCAGCCCAGCCCUGCUCUGACACUACCACCACCUCAGCCACCUCCCCAGCUCUGUCCCAACCUAUCCUAACUUCCCUCAACUACAGAACUUGGUGCUGCAUCCCCUGGGACCAAGCCACCCCAGAAUGGCCCUGGCCUCAGUGAGGGGGAUCCAGAAAUACUCACAGGAGGGAGGGGCUCCUGGGCAGACUCUGGUCAUGAAUCGUUGCAUAAGACAUCAUGGGGAUGAACUUUUUGUUUUUCUUUUUUUCUUUUUUAGUUUUUCAAAGAUGGGGAGGAAAAGGGGAAUGUGAGCCUUUGUUGCUGUCAAACCAAGAACUUAUUUGUACAUUUUUUUUUUCAAUAAAACUUUUCCAGUGAAA